AUGGUGUACGCGCACCGACGCCACAGUGCGCGCUACUUGCCACCGAAGCUCGCCCACACGCGCUCGCCUUUGGCGAACAAGUCCCCGGAGGAGUACGGCAACACGUGGGACCCCCGCACAGGGGUGGAGUGGUAUUAUCGAAUGCGGCGGCGCAACGCGUACCGCCACUGGCCGUGGGCGCGCUGGACCGAUGAUCCGGUGCGCCACCACCGCGAGACGGCGUGCAACCGCACCUUUUCGGCCGCAUCGGAUGGGCCAAACGAUGGGGUUCCUCUGUGGGACUACUACGCGGAGGUGGGGCAGGAGUACACUACCCCAAGCCACUUCCCGUUGCACUACAUGGCCCCAUUCAUCCACCAAUACACAGGGAAGGUGUGGCCGCGAAACGAAAUUGAGCAUUAUUUGAAGGUGAUUGAGCAGCGCACGGGCCUGCGUUCUAUUGAGUCCCUUCACGAAGAUCUCCCGCGGCUCCGUGAGUGGGGAGAGACGGAAAUGGGCAUGGUCCCUCAUGGACUUCUACAGCACGUUGAGAUGCUUGCGAGAGAAAUCGUCUCACAGAACGAGAAGAAGGCAUUUCGCAAGAAGAUGCACGAGAAUGGAAUUUUGCGCACAGCAACGAUGGAGCGCUAUUAUGCCCUGCCGCAUCUGCGCUCAGGCCCGUCAAUGCCGAUAGCGCUAAAACAGCCGUCCGGGGAAUACCCGUGGGGCAAGUACACCCGCAUGCUUGGAGACGAACGGAUUCAUCCGCUGCAGCGGCCGGACGGACUGUACAAGGAUAACAUGUAUCCGGCGUAG